GGCAAGCGUCAUCCUAUCUGGGGACAUUUACACCUGAUGCCAGAGUUUGCAGACUACUUACGUCUAGUAGAUAAAGGGAUCAAAGAGACUGGAAAGAAAGUUUCCGGGAUGUGGAUUAUGUUUUUCUAUCCUGUAAUUUCCCUGUGUCAUCCGGAAACAGCCAAGAUAAUUUUGAAAACGACCGAACCAAAACCUGUGCAGACUGGCCUGUUGGUGAAUUCGGGAAAGCAGUGGGAGAGAAACCGACGUCUUUUAACCCCGGCCUUCCAUUUUGACAUUCUAAAAUCAUAUGUUCCUACUUUCAACAAAGUAUUCGACACUUUUAUAACAAAACUGGAGGAGGCAUCAUCUGACGGUAAAGGUGUGGAACUCAGUGAGCCUGCGGGUAUGGCUACCCUGGAUACAGUUCUAAGAUGUGCAUUUUCGUUUGAUGAACAAAUACAGGAGGAAGGCUCAAGUCAUCCUUACGUGACCGCUGUCCGGAAUAUACUGUCUCUAGCAGGUGCUAGGAUGUUGAAACCUUGGCUGUACCCAGAAAUAUUUUAUCGACUCUCCGCGGAUGGCAAGAAAUAUUUUCAGUAUGUAAAAUAUGUACACGAUUUUGAUGAAAAGGUCAUCCAACAACGAAGAAAAUCCAUUGCGGACGACCCUUCCCUUAUGACCAAGCGUCGACUGGACUUCCUGGAUAUCCUACUCACCGCCAGAGACGAAGAGGGGAAAGGACUGACGGACUUUGAGCUAAGGAACGAGGUCGACACCUUCCUCUUUGGAGGUCAUGAUACCACAGCGGCUGCAAUCAGCUGGACACUGUAUCUUUGCUCCAAAUAUCCAGACGAACAGCAGAAGGUGUAUGAGGAAGUUCGGAGGGUGAUAGGAGACAAGACACAAGUGGAAUGGUCAGACAUUCAGGAGAUGUCAAGACUGUCACUGUUUUUGAAGGAAUCAAUGCGUGUGUACUCUCCAGUGUGUGUGAUAGCUAGAAUUACAACUAGAGAACACAUUGUAGAUGGACUGACAAUACCAGCCAACAGUGAAGUGAACAUCCUCAUUGACUCAAUGAACCAUCGCGAAGAUGUAUGGACGGAUCCUGAAAAUUUUAGGCCAGACAGAUUUUCCGAAGAGACCACGAGGGAUCCUUUCAGUUUCGUUCCGUUUUCAGCAGGUCCAAGAAACUGUAUUGGCCAAAAUUUUGCAAUGAAUGAAAUCAAAGUGGCGAUUGCAAAGAUUAUCAAACGGUUCAAGAUUUUGCCAGAUCUAGAACACGAGACCAUUCCACGACCGGAAGCUAUUCUUCGCUCCAGAAAUGGCAUUUGGGUAAAACUUGAGAAACGACAACAAAGUUAAUUUAUAUAAAGCGACCUAACUAGAUCAAAAAAUAUAUCAGAAAAAUACCAUUUUUUAAUGCUAAGGACAAUUGCUUCAGUGUCACGGAAUCGAUAAACGUUAG